CUGUCACUGUCAAAACUUAAGGAAAGCAAAACAAAAUCUAUUUUAUUCUAAUAAAAACUAAAUAUUUUUAAUGCAAAUGCACUGAAAUAACAAAAUAAAACUUAAAAAAUGACUGCAGAAGACACAGAUUCAAGUGGCAGUGACUACGAAGUGGAACACUACGUUCGUCCAGACAAAAUCCGCAAACAAGUAAACGACGAUAGUGCUGAUUUGCUAGGAAACUUUGAUGAUGAAAAAAGGAAAGAAAUUUUCGAAGGUAAAUACGACGAAACAAAAGAUAAUAAAAACCCUAGCGACGGAGAAAACGACGAUGAAGAAGUAAAAGACUUUAGUGGAGGUGAAUCUGGAAAUGAAGCUAAAACAAAUAAUGCUUCCGAUGAUGAUGAAGAUGACGAAGAAAUGGAAGAUGAAAAAGACGAAGAACCAACCACAAAACUAACAUCCGAACAAUUGGCAUCUUUGAUGCGUGGCGCUAGCAAAGCCAAUCGAUUUGUACUGUAUGUGACAAAUCUGAACUUUGACACAGUUAAAGAAGAUUUGGAAGAUUACUUUAGCCAAGCUGGCGAAGUGAAAAGUGUUCGUAUUCCCAAGAAACGACGAGGUGGUUUUGCAUUUGUCGAGAUGGCCAAUAUUGAUGGUUUUCAAAGAGCUUUUGCUCUACACAAUACCGAUUUGCAGGGCAGGAAGAUUAAAGUGCAAAUAUCGGAAGCUGGCAAGAAGAAAUCUGCCAAUAAAAAGAAUAUUAUGAAGCAAAAGAAUCGAAAGUUGGCUGAAAUGAGAAGUGAACAGAAAUUCUUCACAAAAAGUGGCAAAUAUUAUGAUAAGACUUUGAAGAAGGAAAAGGCAAAGGAAUUGUUGGCCCGCAAGAAAUGGAGGAGAAAGCCUGGGCCAAAACCAACGUAAUUUAUUCAAUAUUAAAUUUAAAUUUGUAAUUUUGCUUAUUUUUAAUAAAAUAUUUUAUUUUGCGUUCCUAAUUGAAAGAA